UGUGCCGCAGUGCAUUGUGGGAAAUGUAGUGUUUGAGGCGGUGUAAUCCAACAUGGAAGCCUCUGCAGCGAGCACGCAUCGGUCGGACUCAGAAGAGGACAGCGGCUUGGACGAUGAUGUUCACACUUCACAACUCGGAACCAAGGAAUACUGGGAAGAUACUUACCAAAGGGAACUGGAAACAUUCAAAGACAUCGGCGACGUUGGUGAGAUAUGGUUUGGCGAGGAAAGCAUGAGCCGUGUGCUCAAAUGGAUGGACACAGCUAAUAUUCCAGAAGAUGCUGCCAUUCUGGACAUCGGCACAGGAAAUGGAGCCUUUUUAGUUGAACUGGCUAAACAUGGAUUCAGGAACUUGACGGGGAUCGACUACUCUGCAGCCUCUGUGGAAUUGGCAAAGAGUGUUCUCCAAGCAGAGGACUUGACUCAUGUCAAUAUUAAGGAGGUGGACUUCUGUCGAGGGGAGCUGGAGGGUUUCGACGUGUGCAUCGACAAAGGAACGUUCGACGCCAUAAGCCUCAACCCUGACCGCAGCCUCCAGGGGACACACCUUUACCUGCGAGCUUUGAAAGGCGCCCUGAAGGACGGGGGAGUCUUCUCCAUCACUUCCUGUAACUGGACUAAACAACAGCUGCUGGACAGAUUCAGCCAAGGAUUUGAAUUGGUCCAAGAGUUACCCACACCCACUUUCCAGUUUGGAGGCAAGACGGGCAACAGUGUGACUGCAUUGGUCUUCAAGCGCGUAUGUUGAGAUUUGGAAAUAAAUGAAUCUUUUUUUUUUGUCUUCUGCGGGUCGUUAAAAAGCUUUAAAAGUCAUUCGAUGUCGCGAAAAUUAAGGCCUUAAAGUGCACUUAAAAAAAAAAAAAGUUGCCUAUCAUUGACAAUGCUUAUGUAAGACGUUCCACAUGCAGUAUAGUACAGGACACACUUUAUUUUCAGGACUAUUUACAUUGUAGAUAGUCACCUCACAACUAGGAAUGAACACAUGUGGAGUUAUGUACUUAACACAAAAUUGGGGACAAUUUCUCAUAUUUUUUUCUGUUUCGGUAAUAUUUCAAUAUUUUUCUCUUGAAAUUAUUACUUUGUUGUGUAAAAUUAUUACUUUUGAAUGCAAAAUGGUGACAUUUGUUAUAUAAAAUUCUGACAUUUA